AGUCUACACCAGGAUUUUCUUUAUCUUUUCUGGUUGUCUGAAAGUAUAUUAGAGUACAUAAUCUAAGUCAGACAUAAGUAAAACAUAAAUAAAAAUUAAGUAUAUUUAUACAACAUUGAAGAGAUGUGAUUCAUAAAGGCCAAUUCCCCCUCCCUCCCUUUUUGUAAUAUGAUGAUAACCAGUAAAUAACUUUCAUGAAUAGCUGGUGGACAAAUGUUUCUCACUGUAAAAAUAUUAAUAAAAUAAAUAUUUAAAAACACUUUUUUGCUGACUAAAAACUAACUUGAAAAACUUGCAGACAGCACGUUUUUCCACAAAUAAACUGGUCCAGUUCUUCCUAGUAUAACAGAAAGUAAAAAAAAAAGGAAGAGGAAGAAUCUCAUUCAACAGUGUGCGUUAAUACUUAGAAAUGGAUUUAGAUGAAUAUCUGUUAGAGGAAGAUCUCUACUGUUGUGUAUAUAAGAAGAUGUUCAGAUGAUAUUCUUCACACAUCAAUCUCUCAUCCAACUCUGAGAUCUUGAAGCUCAACACAACUUCUCCAGGAUUCAUUUCUUCACAUCAUCUAAAACAAUGAGACAUCUGAUGGCUUUGAUGUUUCUGGUGAUCUUCUGCUCUCUGCAGCUGACUACAAGCGCUCCAAUUUCAUCUGAUUUGGCCAAAUCAACAUGCUGUGCUAAGUUCAGCAAUGCUAAGAUUCCUCUGAAACGGGUGAAGUCGUACUAUAGGACCGCCAGCAGCUGCUCCAAACCAGCCAUUGUGUUUGAGACUGACAAAAGGAUAAUCUGUGUAGAUCCAGAAACCAGUUGGGUGAGCGGUCACAUCAAUGAAGUGGACAACAGAACAACAAAGACUCAAAACAAGACAGUCUGAAGAAUUGAUUCAUCUGAUUUAAUAUUUAAACUCAACAUCUGACUCUGUACAUAUAUUUCAC